GAUGAUAUUAUAUUGUAUACGCAGAGAAUAGAAUGUGAGGAAAGUGCAAAGGUUAGGAAAUUUCCCAGUUGAUAAAAAGGGGGAGAAAGAAAUCUUAUAUAAAUAGAAAUAUUUAACAAAAGAGAUCACUUUUCUUUGCAGUUGGGUGAUUAUGGCACAUGGGGCGGCACUAAAUCAGCGCCGUCUUGUAUAGUACUGAGUUUCUGCUAUAAAUUUGAUGGAUUUGUGACACAAUCCCUCAAUACACCCUAAACUGAGAUAUCUUUUCUUCACAUCCUGUCUCUUUGUCUGUUUAUCUCAACUCGGUUUUUCUUGGGAGAGAGUUUUGUUUGGUUGAUUUUCCGAGAAAGUAAGAAGGAAAGAAAGAAGACAAUGGAUGGUAAGAGGCAAGGGAAUAAUAAUUCAUCCUCAUCUUUCACUGCUGAGCUUUUUGGUGAUAAGGAGUCUACACCUCAGCAGUCAAGCGCAGGGAUUUUCGCAUCCAUAUUUCCCCCUCCAUCCAAGGUGGUAGGGAGAAACUCAGCAAACUCUGAUCUGAUAGGAUCUUGGCAAAAACACGCCCCAGGAAAUCAAGCAUGGCCCACCACCAAACAUGGAAAUUCAGUGAUCAACGGCGAAGGUGCACGCAGUAGCAUGCCCAACAAGGACAGGAGUUCUGUUCUUCAGGAAGAAAGAGUGGAACCAUGUCAUCUAAGUUCAUCGCUUUACUACGGUGGGCAAGACGUCUAUUCCCAGUCUCCAAGUACCCGAACCUCUGCAGCGUACCCUAUAUUCAAGAAAGAUGGCGGGGAAGAUGAUCCAAAUGGAAGCAAUUCGAGCGAUGCUUCUCGAGGAAAUUGGUGGCAAGGUUCGCUUUAUUAUUAGGACCUUGCCCUUCAGGGCUACAUGAAUUCCGACAAUUUUUCGAGGGAUUUAUAAUGCCUGAUUUAAAAGCAUGGGAACAUGCAAUAUAAAUAAGAAGCUCAAACGGGCAGAUCUCAUCUUUGUAUUUUGCAGAGACUGAAAAGGUUGGGUUAAGCCCGAACCAUGUGUAACAUAAAUAAGCAGCAGAUGCCAGAAAUGGGACAUGUCUAGUCAGAAACUGCAAAACCUUAUUUCGAUGCAGUUGUUUUACAAGAAUUUCAUUUGUAAACUAGGCCGGGACGUUUUGAAGGUUGGCUAACGUUUUCGUAGUGGCUUAAGUUUCUAUUUUUCAUGCUUUGUAGAGCCUGUAGUGUCUGACCAUGAACUGAUGAUACUGGCCUUUUUCUUCCCUUAUGUGUCAACGCAGUUGUUUGUUAGCGGGUUGAA